AUAAUGGGUAUUUCUAUCCAAAUUUUACUCAUCUUCUUCUGUUUUUACUUUUACAGUGUAAGAGACACGUCAAAGUGAGAUUUGAAAAUUAACGGUUUGAAAUAUCUGUAGUGGUUAUCCACAUAAUUUCCUUAUUAAAAGUGUUGUUGAUAAGUUUUAGCUCAUGUUCACUUAGUAUCAGUAACAAGACUUUUCAGGUAAAAUGGAAGAUUAUAUUGAAAUAACUACAAAUCAAGGAAGACUGAGAGGCUUGAUCUUGGAAUCAGAAGGGAUUUCCAAAACAACUUAUUAUUCUUUUCAAGGAAUUCCUUAUGCAAAACCUCCAAUUGGUGAUUUAAGAUUUAAGGAUCCUCAGCCUUUUGGUAAAUGGAAUGGAGUUCAUGAUGCCACAAUGGAAGGAAAUGAUUCACUUCAUAAACAUAUUGUUUUUAAGAAUCUCCUAGGUGAUGAAGAUUGCCUGUAUCUCAAUGUAUACACAACAGAGCCAGGAGAGGAAGGAGGCAACAAGGCUGUUAUGGUGUGGAUCCAUGGAGGAGGCUUUUCUGGAGGCUCUGGCUCCACUGAAAUCUAUGGUCCUGACUUCUUGAUUGAGGAAGAUAUAGUCCUAGUCACAAUCAACUAUCGUUGUGGGGCUUUAGGAUUUCUGUCACUUGAGAACAGCAAAUUGCCAGGAAACGUAGGUCUCAAGGACCAGAUUCUGGCAUUGCAGUGGGUACAAGACAAUAUCACUAAUUUUGGUGGAGACCCUAACAAUGUGACAAUAUUUGGAGAGAGUGCAGGCGCAGCUUCUGUACACUAUCAUCUGCUGUCUCCACUGUCUAGAGGAUUGUUUCACAAAGCCAUUAUGCAGAGUGGAACUUCACUUGCUCAAUGGGCUUUACAGGACAAACCCAGAGAAAAAGCCUUCCUCCUAGCCAGAGAGCUGGGCUGUAAGUCUCAGGAUCCUGACACUGUCCUGGAGUUCCUCAGGUGUGUUCCUGCUAUGGAUCUCCUGCAGGCUCAGGAAAGCGAUGCACUUAGAACAGAAAAAGAGAAGGUUCAGAAGUUCUCACUCAUAUUUCUGCCUUGUGUUGAUAAAGCCGGAGAUAGUCCAUUCCUGCCUGACUAUCCUCGAAAAAUGAUGGAGAGGGGAGAAUUCACCAGAGUGCCUUUAAUCAUUGGUGCUAAUGACAAGGAAGGGUUGCUGGCUCUGGCCU